CGUAGGCGGUGGGACCAAACUUAUACCAUAAAAGGCGGUAUUAGUUUCCCUAGGCCAAAAUUUGUGACGGGCGAGGACUGGACGCCGGGGAUGGGAUCUUCAACAUUUCUUCUGUUUUCUUAUGCAGUUCUUCUAUCCCUUACUACUCUUAACCUUUCGGAUGAUGAUGUUUAUUUUGAGCAUAACUGUAGUGAAAUCAGAGGCAACUACACCGCAAACAGUACUUACCAGGCCAACCUCAAUAGCAUUAUCUCUCAGUUCUCCUCUCUAACUGAAAUCAAUUAUGGGUUCUUCAAUCUGUCAGCUGGUGUAAGCCCUGACAAAGUUAACGUUAUCGCACUUUGCAGGGGUGACUUAGACCAAGACCAAUGCAACAAUUGCCUCAACUACACCGCAACCAAGCUCGAGCGAUUUUGUCCCUCCAACAAGGAGGCGACCGCGUGGUCUGAACUUUGUUUGGUGCGGUACGCCAACAGAGACAUUUACGGAAAGCUGGAGAACGAUCCUCGUGAAUGCAAAAACAACCCAAAGAAUGCAUCGAACCCUGAUCAGUUCAAUCAGGCAUUAAGUGAACUAUUGAAUGCCCUGAACAGCAAAGCUGCUGCUGGGGGUCCUCUUCGCAAGUAUGCAGCUGGUAAUGCUACAGCUGGCAACCUGCAAACGAUAUUCGCUACGGCGCAGUGUACUCCUGAUUUGGACGAGGGAAAUUGCACUACUUGUCUAACUUACGCUAUGGGAGUGCUUCGAAGCUGUUGCUAUGGAUGGAAGGGAUGCAGGGUUCUCAGACCAAACUGUGUCUUGAGGUUUGAAUCUAACCUAUUUUAUAGUCAGAUUGCAGUUCCUCUACCGUCACCGUCACCGCCACCGCCACCAUCUCCAACAGCUUCUUCUUCUCCGACGUCAAAAGGAGGUAAAGGAUCUGGCCUUUCUGCUAAAAGAUAUCUAAUAAUUGUUAUUGCUUCAGUUGUUGGCAUUCUGAUACUAAUUAUCAUCUCCAUAUGCAUUUUUAUGAGACGCAGAAAGACACCAAAAAAAUUUGAAACUAAGGAUGAGAUUACUGGGGCUGAGUCCUUGCAAAUCGACUUUGAUUCUGUUCUGGCUGCAACUAAUAACUUUUCAGAUGCCAAUAAGCUUGGACAAGGAGGAUUUGGAGCUGUUUACAAGGGUCAGCUUCCAAAUGGACAAGAGGUUGCUGUGAAAAGACUGUCUAGGGAAUCUCAACAAGGAGACUUAGAAUUUAAGAACGAAGUCCUAUUAUUGGCCAAGCUUCAACACCGUAAUUUAGUUAGGUUCCUUGGUUUCUCCUUGGAAGAACAUGAAAAGAUUCUCAUCUAUGAGUUUGUGCCAAACAGAAGCCUUGAUCAUUUCAUUUUUGAUCGGAUCAAGCGAGCACAAUUAGAUUGGGAAACACGCUACAAAAUCAUUGGAGGCAUUGCUCGUGGACUCCUUUAUCUUCAUGAAGAUUCUAGGCUUCGGAUAAUUCAUCGCGAUCUCAAAGCAAGUAAUAUUUUGUUAGAUGCAGAUAUGACUCCUAAAAUUUCCGAUUUUGGGAUGGCAAGACUGUUUGGACAGGAUGAAACGCAAGGCAGUACUAUAAGAAUUGUGGGAACCUAUGGAUAUAUGGCUCCAGAAUAUGCUAUUCAUGGACAUUUCUCAGUAAAAUCAGAUGUCUUCAGCUUUGGUGUAUUGCUUUUAGAAAUUAUCAGUGGUCAGAAAAAUAAUUGCUUCCGCCACGGGGAGAAUAAUGAGUACAUACUGAACUUUGCGUGGAAAAAUUGGAGAGAAGGGACAGCAUUGAAUGUGAUUGAUCCCACACUGAGUGAUGGUUCAAGAAAUGAGACAAUGAGAUGCAUCCACAUCGCACUGCUAUGCGUUCAAGAAAACGUAGCUAGGAGACCAACCAUGGCUUCUGUUGUUUUCAUGCUGAAUAGCUUCUCGACCACCCUCCCAGUGCCUUCACAACCAGCGUUUUGUACGCAAAGCAACAUUGAAACUGACAUGUCAUCUUCAUUGGCCACUAAUUCAUGGGCGUCAGAGUCCAACAACUCCAAUAUGGAGUUACGCCCGUCAUCCCUCAACGAGGUUUCAGUUACUGAGCUAUCUCCUAGAUAGUGUUUGGAAGAUGUAUACAAUAAGUUUAUUAUCCUGAAUUUCAUUUGUAUUUCUUAUAUUCCAGUUAAAGACUUUGCUGUAUAUCUCACCACGAAGAAGGGGGUGAAAGUUUGGGUAGAAAUCCCACAUCCAAUAAUAUUAUGUAAUCCACCUCUGUGAUCAACGGUUUCCAACUUUUAGCGUAUCUAACUUCAGAGAUCGUGCAACGUAAUUGACCAAAAUUUAUUUGUACAAAAUUAGAAUUUAUCUAAGCAAUUAAUGAUGAAAGUUUCAACUUCCAAAGCUUCGAACAACAUGGCUCCCAAAUCUUCGAACAACAUGGCUUCCUGUUCUCACACUCUUCCAAAGGAGAGGAGUAAAAAGACAAAGUACAAACUAAAAAUUAGAAGUUAUCCGACCAAUAAAUGAUGCGAGUUUCAACUUUCAAUCUUCGCCCAACAUGGCUUUUAGUUCUCAUACUCUUCCAGAGGGGAAUAAAAAGUAAAAGGUACAAACUAAAACGAAAAUCACCAAGAUCAAUGACAAAUAUAAGUUUGAACAAUGGUUCUUUGUGCUGAGGACGGCAGGCACAAAAUAACAGCUUGCCAGCUUGUGCAACCGGAGGACGGAGAAUAUUAUCCUGUGAUGCAUCAACAGCAGCAGGAGGCAAUAACGGCCGCAUGGAAGCUCCAGGAUAGACAACAAAGGGCACUAGCAUGCCACCAACAACUUGGCCUGGGUUAAAAAAUGGAGUUGGAAGAGCAGGAA